AUGUAUGCUUACUGUAUCCUCGAGAGCGGCGCAAUCGCUAGCGUCAACUACCACCGACUGGGCCAGCUCCUUGGCAAGAACUUGCACUGGACCAUCUCCGGCACCGAAGGCGAGAUUGAGUUCACCGUUAACAGAGGACUGCAGAUGGGCAGCGGUCAGCGGGAGAUUCGCAUCAAGACGACCGAGGACAAGGAGCCGAGGGUUGUUGACUGGCAGGUGAAGACGCCGGCGCACAUUGAGGGCGUGCAGUUUCCCGGUCAGAACACGGCUUAUUUGUAUGAGGCUUAUGCUCGCGGCGACAAGGAUGUUGCCGAUUUUAAAGAUGCUGUGAGGCUGCAUAGACUGUUGGACAGAAUUGCAAAGGAUGCGGGCUAUGCUUGA